GUGCUGCUGCAGUGGUGCUUGCAGAGGCUUACUGUGCACAUACUGUACAUGCAUAUAUACGUAUGCAUCAUUGCGUGUGGCUCGCUUGUGUAAUACACUAGAGCUACACAAGUAGUAAACUGAAGUUGAACAAUCGAGAGCGAGGAAACGAAAUUGCCUUUGACACAUUCGAGUUCUGCUUACCAUGUUCGCACGCAGUGUUGCUUUUUGAAGUGUUUACAUGUACAUGUAUGCCUUGGUUAUUUCACAGCGAAUUGUUUUGGAUCUUGCGAGAUGUCCACCCAAGUCCCAGACCACUUGAGACACAACUGGGGUCAGUCCAAAAAGAAGAGUGAGGGUAAAGGAGAAGGGGCAGGGCCUGAGGAGGAGCAGGAGGAGGACGAAGAGGAUGACCGCGUAGAUUCCAUGCUGAAGAAAGCCGGAUGCCUGGCACUCCAUCAUGAUGUCCAGAAUUGCAUGGCGGAGCAUAGGGACUGGCGACAGUGUCAGAAAGAGGUGGCCAGGUUCAAGGAGUGCGUGUCCACAAAGAUGCCAAGGACAUCUAAGCAGCAAGACCAGCCAUGAUGUGGUCGGGCAAGACAUAUCAUCAAUUUUGUCGCAGAGGUGAUGUCAGAACAGGAUGCCUUGUUUACUAGCCACCGGAUAGCCAGUGAUCAGUGCAUGAGCACAAGGUUUGCAGACUGGACCUUGUCACCAUCUUCCUGUUUACAUGUCUCUGUGAUGGUUUGGAAAAGCCAAAUCUCAGGGGAAAGAAGACUAAACCAGAACAGUGGUUUGAAGAGGAGGCUGGUGAUACAGCUUCUUUCACUUUUAGAGUUUUUUAUGCACAUGUAGUCAUUAGUACCAGAAGCUUCAAUUCUAGUCAGCCCUGGUAAACAGUGCAUAUGCCAUGUUAUAAUUAUGCAGAAUGUCAUGAAAAGUACUCAAAAAUAAUGUACAUAAUUUUUCUACUUCCCAUGUAUUCAGUAAUAGCGUUGUGAUAACUUUGAGAACAGAAAUCUGUAAUAGGUUGAAAUGGGAUUAAGGUGAAGAGGUUGGAAGUGAAGUACAUGUAGUUGGGGUAACCAGCAGCACAGCUUAUAAGCCUGACAUUACAUGUACAUGUACGGUACCUCAAGAUGAGAGGCAAGUCCCCUCCUAGCCAAAGGACCAUCCUGGGCAGUGCACAUUCAAUUGCCAUCAUACCAGCAAUAACAAUGACACUCAUGAACAUCUUUACCCAACCUCCAAUGUUGACAUUGUAAUCCAUCAGCCAAUAGAUGUUUACAGUGCUCGUAUUCCAUCUUGAUGGGAUAAUCUGUUGUCAACUUCCAAGAGGGUUUCCUUCUGGCUUCUGACUGGGAAAGGCACAGAAGCCUGAAGGGAACCGAGCAAGAUCAAGAUUUCUCAGGCUUUAACAGUCUGGCCCGGGGGUACAUUACAUUAUUUUCAAUGACAUUAUUUCAAUGAAGUGUAGCAUUUCAUCAGUUAGGUAACAUACCUUAUGAAGAUGAUACAAAUACAUAGUGUGCAGCAUCAGUGAAACGCAGAGAAUUUCAGAAAUAUCUACAGUGGAUAAAAGGACUAGUAAUUAGUACACUGGCUAAUCUGGCCCAGCCCUUUAAAACCUCAAGAAGUCACUUAAAUUUGAUUAAUUUCAAAACAAGCAGGAGCUAAUUCAUGUAUGUCUUUUCGUUUUUAUGUCCAGAGAGAAUGGAAAUAAGUCAACAAUUGUUUCAGUGGCAUAGGCAUGGAAAGACAGGUGGAAUCCAGAUAUUUGAUACCAUAACCAUUGGUGCAUUUUGAAGAAUUUGUCACACAAAAACGGGUCAGGUGUACAAUAUCCUUUGUUCUCUGUUUAUUUGCCUCCAAUAAAAAUACAAAUAUUCUCUUAUAA